GAAAGAGGGAAAAAGAAGAAAGUGUCCAUUACACCGGGUGGAUUUUUCCAGAGCACCGAUGUUGGAACAUUCUUCUGAGCUGGCUCUGGUGCAGAGUUUGUAUGCCAACAGCAUGCGCUGUCCCCCCUCUGCGGCCGGGAUCUCUGUCAGGAAUGAGGACCUGCCUAUGAGCAACGGAAACGGCAGCAAGAUGAACGGGUCACUGGAGCAUCUGGAUCAGCCAGAUCCAGACUCGAUCAAGAUGUUUGUGGGACAGAUUCCACGCUCCUGGUCAGAAACAGAACUCAGAGAGCUUUUCGAGCCUUUCGGAGCUGUGCACCAGAUCAACAUCCUCCGUGAUCGUACCCAGAAUCCCCCUCAGAGUAAAGGAUGCUGUUUUGUAACUUUUUAUACAAGAAAAGCUGCACUGGAGGCCCAGAAUGCACUGCACAACAUAAAGACCUUAAGUGGGAUGCAUCAUCCUAUCCAGAUGAAACCUGCAGACAGUGAGAAAACAAGUGCUGUAGAGGACAGAAAACUCUUCAUUGGAAUGGUUUCAAAGAAAUACGGCGAGAACGAGAUCCGAAUGAUGUUCUCGUCUUUCGGACAGAUCGAAGAGUGCAGAAUCCUCCGGGGACCAGAUGGUCAGAGCAGAGGCUGUGCGUUUGUCACAUUUGCUACCAGGGCAAUGGCACAGAAUGCAAUCAAAACCAUGCAUCACUCUCAGACUAUGGAGGGCUGUUCCUCACCUUUGGUGGUGAAGUUUGCAGACACACAGAGAGAUAAGGAGCAGCGGCGCCUGCAGCAGCAGUUAGUACAGCAGAUUCAGCAGCUCAACAGCGCCUCCACCUGGGGAAACUUGGCUGGCCUGGGGACCCUCACACCACAGUAUCUUGCCCUGCUGCAGCAGGCCACAUCCACCAGUAACCAGGGCAGUUUCAACGGAAUUCAGAGGCUAGGAGGUGUGAAUCCGCUUCAGCUGCAGAACUUGGCCACAUUAGCUGCUGCUGCCGCUGCAGCUCAGAGUUCUGGCAGCCCAACCUCCACCAAUGCUCUCUCUUCAAACAGUGCAGCCCUAGGAGCUCUGGCCAGUCCAGCCGGUUCAACAGCAGGGUCCAGCGCGGGUGCUGCCAUGAACACCUUGGCAUCCCUAGGCACCCUGCAGGGUCUCACAGGGACCUCUGUGGGCCUCAACCUGAACGCUCUCACCAAUAGCGUCAGCGGGAUGGGAGGCAUGAAUGGGGGCUUGGGAGCCUCUAUGGCCAACGGAUCAGCAGCCAGCUCCAUGGAUGCUCUGACCCAGGCCUACUCAGGGAUGCAGCAGUACACAGCCUCCGCCCUGCCCUCCCUCUACGGCCAGUCUCUCUUGCAGCAGAGCAUUGCUGGCAGCCAGAAGGAAGUAGGGCCAGAGGGCGCCAACCUGUUCAUCUACCAUCUGCCCCAGGAGUUUGGGGACCAAGAUCUUCUGCAGAUGUUUAUGCCUUUUGGAAAUGUGGUCUCUGCCAAAGUCUUCAUCGACAAACAGACCAAUCUGAGCAAGUGCUUCGGUUUCGUCAGCUACGACAAUCCCGUCUCUGCCCAAGCUGCCAUCCAGGCCAUGAACGGGUUUCAGAUCGGAAUGAAGAGGCUGAAGGUUCAGCUGAAGCGCUCAAAGAACGACAGCAAACCCUACUGAUCCUAGCCCCGGGGCCUCCCCCCUCCCCAGCUCUAAUGCUAGCACUGCUAGGGUAAGUUCACCCUUCAGCCAAGGUCAACACAGCAGAGACUCAGGGGGGCAGGGGGGAAAGGAGCCCACAACAGGGGGGAGACUCGCUCUUCUCCUGGGAAAAAAAAAAGUGGUUGCAAUUGAUCUUUCCACAUUUUGCUGUAUUUCAUUCCUGCGGUUUUAUCAUGUAAUUCGAGUCGGAUUAAAUAUUUUAAUGUAUAUGAUUAUUUAUGACUAUCACUGGAGUCAGUGUUCGCUGGAGGUAUUUUGUGUCACUGUAAGUAGUGGAGAGCAUCAGGUGUGUUUCCAUACCAUUUCAUUGCCUUCAGGUCAAGUGAGACAGGUUGACUAAGGAUCAGCUUUUGUGUUGAAGGGCUGCAGCCAGGCCACGUACACCCUGAGCCCAGAGCUUCAACCUGCGUUUGGCUUCUUCCAUGUAGUCUGUCUCUUCAUUUCCCCAUUCUGCAAUGUGAAAACCUUUUGCACUCUAAAUCCUUCAGUCUUUACUCCCCUCCAUAUCUCCCUUCUCUAUCCCCCUCAUUUUCUUGCUGUCAUUAUGUAAGCCAUGUCCAGCUAGGCUACCUCUCUCUUUUCUCUAUUAACAACCCCUUCAAGUCAUUCCAUCCAUCCUCCAAGUCUCCCACAAGGGACUGGCUCUAGAUGGAUCUCUUUGGGUGCCAAGUAUACAGUUUGUGCAUGUUGGAGUCUCUGCCAUAUGUCCUGGUGGUGUCACUUUCCUUAAAUCUAUGUACUGUUUUUGUGUGUCAGGGGAGAGAAGGGGGGGAAAUGUUUAUCACGCUGUCCUUUAUUGUAUGUGGUGAUUUGUUUUUGUUGUUUUUUGUGCCUCAUGGCUAAACGAUUCUUGUGCUGUGCCCCUAACUUUCUCUUCUCUCCUCUUUGUCUUCUCUCUGUCUCUCUCUCUCUCUCUGUCUCUCUCUGUCUCUUCCUUUCACGUUUUUGUUCCUUUUUUAGAACAAAUCUCCAUGCCUGUUUGCUCAUCAUUAGCCUAGCAUGUCUUCAUGAUGUUGAAAGCCAAGCCAAACUCCUGGCCUCAUCAUCCCACCAUUGUCUGUGAUGUCUCUCUAAGCUCGCCUGACCAAUACCUGGCCACCCACUGACCCUUGUCCUUAGCUCAACCUGAUUUUUUCUGCAUGUAUAUUCUUUUUUUCUGUAUAGAAAUGUGACAGGUGGGAGAGAGGUCAAGCAAAUCAAUGUGAAAACGUACCUGCGUUGAGUUCAUUUAAGAGACCUUUUUGUUUUUUUGCAAAUGUUUUAAAAACCUGUGGGAUUUCUUAUUUUUAAUUUAGCUUUGUUUUUUAUGUUGCUUUCUUUUUACCUCUCUCAGUAAAGUUCACUUGAAAGUUGAAUACAGGGAUCGGCACACAGCUGUGCUAUUUGGUGCCAUUAGCAAUAUGGUGGCUUCUUAAAGAAAAAAAAAAGACCACUUUCCAACACUUUUGAAAGUCUGACCAGUAAAAGCCCUCUCAGUGCUCUGUAAUGAUCUCUACAUUUUGCGGGCAGUGUGAAGAUUUACACCAAGGCUGUUUAAAAAUCUAUUUUCUUUUCAUUUAGGAAAAUAUCCAGUGUAUUUACCUUUUUUGAACUAUUGAUGGCACAAUAAAAGGUACAUUUGCUCUGUUCGGAGAAAUGACUACCUACAUGAGUCAACUUUUUUAGAACUGAUUCACAAAUAGACAAUCUGUGGUUUAAAUGCACACUUAGAUUACCUAUAUUUUAUACCAUUGAAUCUAUAGAAUUUAACUAACAGAACCCAGGCAAAAAGUUGGGUUUUUUUGUAGAUUAUGUUGUAAUGUCAUCUGUGUCGGGGGGGUCUUCAGUGUAUCGCAUUUUUAAAGAGGACUAAAAAUCAGUUUGACCGCAUUUCUAGUCAAUUAAACUUACUUUGAGUCUAAAAUUCCUCUGCAUUAAUUGUAAUUACAGUUUUGGGGGAAAAAGUAUUUUAUUUUGAAGGGUCACAGUGUGUAGAGAUUUUGUUUUCCUGUGUUUAAGAAAAUUGAGUGUUCAACUUCCAUGGUACGUCUUGUAGACUUUCUGUGAAUUUCUCAAUAAUUUAAUUAAUGGAUGUUUCACUUUGGUUCAGUUUGGAUGCCUCAUGUCGAAAGAUGACGACUUACAAUGUCUGUUAAUCAUACAGAUGCCAGACAAUGUUUUUGUUUUAUUUUGUUGUUAAAGUGCCCAUGUGUCAAACUCAGUGUUUUUUGAAUUCACAUGAGAUAGUUUCCUGUAAUAUUAACCUAGUUUUCUUUACACACACUCGCACACACACACAGCAGCAGCACACAAACACACACUCUCUGUAAUUGCAAAUGUGGGAGCCCCUGAAGAAGAGAUCACUUGGACACACAAGACACAACCUGUGGGUCUCUGCACAUUUUCUAGACACACUCACAGUUGCUUUUUUUGCCGAUAAUAUAUAUUUUUUUUUUUAAGUGACUUCCAAUCUCAUGUUUCAGUCGUACACAAUGCACAGCACAUUAAAACUACUAAAAUCGCCACAAUAGUGUUGGUUUACAAAUACAUUCCAUUUUUUCAGCACAAAGUUUACACUCUUUUUUUACCAGGGUGGUAUUUUGUCUGUUUGUACUACAAAAUAACAACCACUCCACCCCCCUUUCCCCCUAAAGAAGGGUUCCCUAAAACGGCGUACCUGAUGGCGCUAAAGAGUUGUCAACUCAGGGGCUUUUUUUGUGUGUGAAACACGACACUCACACAGGAUUAUGACGCAAUGCACAAUUGUCACCAUUUGACCUUUUAUGUUUGGAUUUUUAUUUUAUUUUCUCAAAAUACAUAUAAAUAAAAAAAUAAAAAGAAUAAAAACAACAAAAGGUACCAAAUUUGAAACCGUGCUUGAGGAAAAGUGUUGUAGUUUUGUAAGAGAAACGUAAAGCACAAUUGUGGGAGCUAAUCACUUUUGCAGAAUGUUGUGUGUGAUUUAUAAUCCCAAAAACUUGCAAGGUACCACUGAUUCCACUUUUUAAUACGGGCAUGUGCUUUUUACAGUGUGUUUUUUCUAUCCAAAUGCAAUACAAUAUUCAAAGUGCCAUAUAUACGUCUAGAAACUGCCUACACAUCCUUAUUAGGCCUUGGUUUAGAGAUUGCUGCAGUUAGCCUUUUUUUUGUCUAUUUAUGCCAGUGUCAUGAAAGCUCUUGUCACCUGCUCCCCUUUUCUCCCCCCUCCCACUCUGUGUGUUGAGUUUUUGGUAAAUGUGUAUUGUGAUGUACUCAAUUUGAACCGUUGUUUCAAGAAAUUGUAGAUAAACAAUAAACUUCCCUAUACAUUU